AGGUCACUCGCUAUGUCUGACGGGGACUACGAUUACCUCAUCAAGUUCCUAGCCCUUGGUGAUUCUGGGGUUGGAAAGACCAGUUUCCUUUACCAGUACACAGAUGGGAAAUUCAAUUCCAAAUUCAUCACAACCAUAGGCAUUGAUUUUCAGGAAAAGAGGCUGGUGUACCGACCCAACAGACCAGAUGGGGUCAGUGGCCGAGGGCAGAGAAUACAUCUUCAGUUGUGGGACACAGCAGGGCAGGAAAGGUUUCGUAGCUUGACCACCGCCUUCUUCAGAGAUGCCAUGGGCUUUCUCCUUCUCUUUGAUCUAACCAGUGAGCAAAGUUUCCUCAAUGUCCGGAACUGGAUGAGCCAGCUGCAGACCCACGCCUACUGCGAGAGCCCCGACGUGGUGCUGUGCGGGAACAAGAGCGACCUGGAGGAGCAGCGCGUGGUGAAGGAAGGCGACGCCAGGCAGCUGGCAGGCAAAUACGGGGCGCCCUACUUCGAGACCAGCGCCGCCAACGGCGCCAACGUAGGCCCGGCCGUGGAGUCGCUGCUCGGGCUGCUCAUGAAGCGCAUGGAGCGGUGCGUGGACGGGACCCACGCUUGGGCCCCCAACGGCCCCGCCGAGACGCCCCCGCGGCCCGCCAGCGGCUGCAGCUGCUGA